AACCAAUACUGUGGGACUCGGAUCGUGCGAGUCGCUCGGGAAUUCAAUUUCCUAGCGUAUGACUCUAUCCAAGGAGGAUUGCUUCCCCCAGAGUGCGACAAAUGAUGAUUUUUCGUUGUGGCAGAUUAUGCUCUCAAAAAGAACAUGAGUCGAGAAUGGCGUUCAUCUCUGCGAGAUGGGAUUGUUUUCCGUGGCUCGUGAGUUGUAGUGAUAUGUUCAAUGUUCUUGUGUCCAAUGUCUUUGCGGGACGUCGGGCGCAGUCAGUUGUAUGUGUGUAUGUGAGUGUGUGUGUGGUGUGUGCAGCUGGUGAUCAUUUCUCAUCUGCAGGUCGCAAAAAGUGUAGCGGUUCAGCAGCUGAUGGGGAGCUCAGAGUGCCGCGUAUUAAAAAGAGGACCCCGUGGCGUGGGAUGGGAAAUCGCAUCUCCGUGUCUCUAGGCCACUUGAAAGAUUUGCCCAAAUUUCUCGUCAUGUUCCCUGGCAAUCUCAGGGAGGCGUUUUAGGGUUUUCCUUCCGAAGUUCAAUAGAUUUUGGCCGCAAGCCGCAUUGAACAUUUUAUCGACGGAAUGCGUUGGUACAGCGAAGUGCUGCCUGUGAGUUGGAUGUUCUGUCCGGAUCGUGUCAGAACUCUAGUUGGCCGGGCGGCGAGGUACUUCGCGCCGACUUGCGACGACCGGAGGCCGCUGCUCCAGUGCUGAGUUUCGAAGAUGGGAAUCGCCCA